CAGGGCUUGGCUGUGCAGGCGUGGACAAUCAGUUGGCCACAGCUCCCCGGCUCAGCAAGGUCAAGGAGGAAGCCUCCUGGAACUAGCAGGAGGGAAAGAUCGGGGAGAUGAGCCUGAGGAAACGGGGACAGGAUGAGAAGUCGGUCCAGAGCAAUGAACACAAGACCACAAACCUCCAGAAAGAGGUGGGCCUGCUCAGUGGCAUCUGCAUCAUCGUGGGCACCAUCAUUGGCUCCGGCAUCUUCAUCUCCCCCAAGUCUGUGCUCAGCAACACGGAAGCCGUGGGACCCUGUCUCAUCAUCUGGGCAGCCUGUGGCAUUCUGGCAACGCUGGGUGCUCUGUGCUUUGCAGAGCUUGGGACAAUGAUCACCAAGUCAGGGGGCGAGUACCCGUACCUGAUGGAGGCCUUCGGGCCCAUUCCCGCCUACCUCUUCUCCUGGACCAGCCUGAUCGUCAUAAAGCCCACGUCCUUUGCCAUCAUCUGCCUCAGCUUUUCUGAGUACGUGUCGGCGCCCUUCUACGCAGGCUGCAAGCCUCCUGCUGUUGUCGUUAAAUGCCUGGCUGCCGCUGCGAUCCUGCUCAUCACCACCGUGAACGCGCUGAGCGUGCGCCUGGGCAGCUACGUGCAGAACUUCUUCACGGCAGCCAAGCUGGUGAUUGUGGCUGUCAUCAUCAUCAGCGGACUCGUCCUGCUGGCCCAAGGAAACACGAGGAAUUUUGAAAAUUCUUUUGAGGGCGCAAAAUUAUCCGUGGGAGCCAUCAGUCUGGCAUUUUACAACGGACUCUGGGCGUAUGACGGCUGGAAUCAACUCAAUUACAUUACAGAAGAACUCAAAAACCCUUUCAGAAACCUGCCCCUGGCCAUUAUCAUCGGGAUCCCUCUGGUGACAGUGUGCUACAUCCUCAUGAACGUCUCCUAUUUCACUGUGAUGACUGCAACUGAGCUCCUGCAGUCCCAGGCUGUGGCGGUGACGUUUGGUGACCGCGUGCUUUAUCCAGCUUCCUGGGUGGUUCCACUUUUUGUGGCGUUUUCAACCAUCGGUGCUGCUAACGGGACCUGCUUUACAGCGGGCAGACUCAUUUACGUUGCAGGCCGGGAAGGCCACAUGCUCAAAGUGCUCUCAUACAUUAGUGUCAGACGCCUAACUCCAGCCCCUGCCAUCAUCUUCUAUGGUAUCAUAGCAACCAUCUACAUCAUCCCUGGUGACAUAAAUUCCUUAGUCAAUUAUUUCAGCUUUGCGGCAUGGUUAUUUUAUGGCAUGACGGUUCUAGGACUCAUUGUGAUGAGGUUUACGAGGAAAGACCUGGAAAGGCCUAUCAAGGUGCCCAUUUUCAUCCCCGUCCUGGUGACUCUCAUAUCCGUGUUUUUGGUCCUGGCUCCGAUCAUCAGUGAACCCACGUGGGAGUAUCUCUACUGCAUGUUAUUUAUACUGAGCGGCCUCAUCUUUUACUUCCUUUUUGUCCACUACAAGUUUGGAUGGGCUCAAAAAAUCUCAAAGCCUGUCACCAUGCACCUCCAGAUGCUGAUGGAAGUUGUCCCACCAGAGGAAGAUCCUGAGUAACCAGCUCUGUCUCUUGUAGUCAAAUCAAAACUGUGAUGAAUUUAUUUUUGUAAGCAAUAUUUGUGGUUAUUUCUUCCCGAUUUUUUUUCUUAAGAAAAAAAAAAUGUAUUUAGAUGUUUAUAGUACUGUUAUUUUUUUAGAGAUGCUUAAUUGGAUGGGGGUUCCAGGUGGGAAAAGUAACAGGUAUUUGUUAAAGUUAGGCGAUCACAAAACCAAAAAAGUUUGUUUAGCAAACAGUUGACCUAGCAAGAAGGCUGAGGGCGAGGGACGGCUGAAUAAAAAUUGCCACCGGGGCCAGCAGAUGGCGGACUGGUUCAUCGCUGGAGUCCCACAUGGCCUGCUGU